AGGCAAUCCACGACAGCCACCAUGUCCAGGCCGACCGUCACCGUCAUCUCCCCCAAGGGCGAGUCCUCCAAGGACACCAUUGCCGUCCCCAAUGUCUUCAAGGUCAGUCGCUGCGAGACGCUGGCCGCUCGAACACACAACGACACCGCACGCGCUGCAAAUACGUGGGACUGGGAGUGAGGGGGCGAGGGUGCAAAUUUUGCAAUUAGCAACAUGACCUCGAGACUCACAAGCUCAGUAUUCGCAAUGCACAGCGGGCUGCAAGAGCAAGGCUUUUUCGAUGCCAGAACUGGUGGCUAACAAAUUUGCAGGCGCCCAUCCGCCCUGACAUUGUCCACUCGGUCCACACUGGCAUGAACAAGAACCGCCGCCAGCCCUACGCCGUCUCCGAGAAGGCUGGUCACCAGACCUCUGCUGAGUCCUGGGGUACCGGUCGCGCUGUUGCCCGUAUCCCCCGUGUCUCCGGUGGUGGUACUCACCGCGCUGGUCAGGCCGCCUUCGGUAACAUGUGCCGUUCCGGUCGCAUGUUCGCUCCCACCAAGGUCUGGCGCAAGUGGCACCAGAAGAUCAACCUCAACCAGAAGCGCUUCGCGACCGCCUCCGCGCUCGCCGCCUCUGGCAGCCCUGCUCUUCUCCUUGCCCGCGGUCACGCCAUCUCCACCGUCCCUGAGGUUCCCCUCGUCGUCUCCUCGACCGCCUUCGCUGAUGGCGCCAUCAAGAAGACCUCCGCCGCUGUUGCCCUUCUCAAGGCUGUCGGUGCCGGUGCUGACAUCGAGAAGGCCAAGAACUCUCGCAAGGUCCGCGCUGGUAAGGGUAAGAUGAGGGGUCGCCGCCACAAGCAGCGCCGUGGUCCUCUCGUCAUCUACAACCCUGAGGAGGAUGGCAAGGACCUCGUGCUUGCUUUCCGCAACAUCCCCGGCGUCGAGACCAGCUCCGUCUACUCGCUCAACCUCCUCCAGCUCGCCCCUGGUGGUCACCUUGGCCGCUUCGUCGUCUGGUCGUCGUCUGCUUUCUCUGCUCUCGACAAGAUCUACGGCUCCACCAGCGAGCCCUCUGCUCUCAAGAAGGACUUCCUCCUGCCUACCACCAUCAUGAAGCAGCCUGACCUGUCCAAGAUCAUCAACUCCAGCGACAUCCAGAAGGUCCUCCGCCCUGUCCGUGGCGGUGCUGUCUCCAAGCGCGGUGUUGUACAGAAGAAGAACCCUCUCAAGAACUUCCAGGUGCAGCUCCGUCUCAACCCUUACGCUGCUGCUUUCUCGAAGGAGAAGCUCGGCCAGAAGAAGGUUGAGCACACCAAGGAGAGGUCUGGCGAGUCUUUCGCCAACCUGUUGGCUGAGAACUAAGCAUGCAGUUUAGCGGGAACGGUUUCUUUAAGGUCAAUCACGGAAAUGAAUCAUGGGACAGGCGGCUAGUGUAGCUGUCUGAAAACACCUCACGAGGUUUACUCUUCCAAUAUCUUCUUCCGCUGUGUUAUGUCGUGUCGUGAUGCAUAUUAUACCCAAUCUAUCAUUAUACAAUGCACACAUCAAGUCCUUCUAGUACGGUCUUCACACACGUAUCCACGUCGACUAAGUCCCCUCACGCCUGCUCAUCAAUUCUCACCUCCACCCCCUUUCCCCUCUCUGUCCCAAACAACUCUAACAACCCAUCCCUCCUGAACAUCCUCGCACAAUCCACCGCAUUCGGCUGUCCACCCAUGAUGUUCGCACCCGCCUCGAACAGUACUUUCA